AUGCCCUAUUGUAGAGCAUUCUCGAUUUCUAGAACCAACAAAACCGAUCGAGAUGCAUUGCUCCAGUUCAAGGAUAAGAUAUCCGACGAUCCAUUCGAGGUUUUUAGCAUGUGGAAUGACUCUGUCCAUUUCUGCAAGUGGCACGGGAUCACGUGUGGCCAUCGGCAUCAGAGGAUAACCCAUUUGAUACUUCGGUCUAUGAAACUUGUAGGGUCGUUGUCUCCUUUUAUUGGAAACAUGAGCUUCCUCCAGGAAUUGGACAUCCAAAACAACAAUUUCAUUGGCGAAAUCCCCUUGGAGAUUGGUAACUUGUAUAGACUCAAAUACUUAGGCCUAGCGAACAACUCAUUCUCUGGUCAAAUUCCUGCCAACAUCUCAGGUUGCAAAAAUUUGGAAGCUUUGAGACUAGGUGGAAAUAGGCUAGUUGGUGAAGUUCCGAUAGCAAUUGCUUCUAUGUCAAAGCUAACAUCAGUUUGGAUAUACAUCAACAAUCUCUCUGGAAACUUCCCUAAAUUCUUCGGGAACCUCACAUCUCUGGUGUCCAUCUCAGCGGCAUUUAAUAACUUUGUGGGAAGACUUCCGGCCUCGUUGGGCCGUUUGCAAAAUUUGGAGUAUCUUUAUCUUGGUGCAAAUGGACUCUCUGGCACUCUCCCUUCCUCCAUCUUCAACUUAUCUUCUCUUGUCAGCAUUGACCUUCCCCAAAACCAACUUGAAGGGAGUCUUCCUCCAAAUUUAGGCUUCACUCUUCCUAAUCUUAUUGAUCUCAAUGUCGCGAUGAAUCAGUUUACUGGGCCAAUUUCGGCUUCCAUAUCAAAUGCUACUAAAUUAAUGAAGCUAGCAUUGUCACAAAACAAAUUUUCUGGAAACGUGCCUACCGUGGAAAAGCUAAAUCAACUACAUUGGAUCAGUAUCUCGGAAAACCAGCUAGGUAGUGGAGUGCAAGGCGACCUGAAAUUCCUUGAAUCGAUCAAUUCUACAAGCCUGGAGCAUUUGGCAAUCAGUCACAACAAUUUCGGAGGUACUUUACCUGAAUCUAUAGGCAACUUAUCCUCCCAGUUGAAUACAAUGAUUAUCGAGGGGAAUCGAUUGUCUGGAAAUAUCCCUUCAAGCAUUGGGAACUUACGUGGCCUAGAACGGUUGGACAUGGGUGAUAACAAGUUCACGGGCAGCAUUCCCCAUAGCAUCAGAAAUCUCAUCAAGCUAAAGGAGUUUGCUGCUCAUAUGAACAAACUCACCGGGAAUAUCCCUUCCACGAUAGGAAACCUGACAGAGCUAAUGGAACUCUUCUUGCAUGGGAAUAAUUUACAAGGGAGCAUUCCUCCGAGUAUUGGGAAAUGCCAAAACUUGUUAGGUAUCGACCUUUCGCAGAAUGAUCUGAGUGGAAUUAUACCAUCUCAAGCUUUUACUAUCUCUUCCCUAUCUAUCUUUUUUGAUCUCUCCGAAAACCAACUGAGUGGUUCCUUACGGGAAGAAAUCGGUAAAUUGAACAACCUAGCAGCAUUAUAUGUAAAUGGCAACAAUCUAUCAGGAAAAAUCCCUAAUGGCCUCGGUAGAUGCACUAGCUUGGUGGAGCUUCAAAUGCAAAAUAAUCUAUUUGAAGGAAAUAUCUCGUCAUUCUUGAGUUCCUUGAAUGGUCUUCAGUUUAUAGUCCUCUCGAGCAAUAAUUUAUCUGGCCCUGUUCCGAAAUUCCUGGAGAAAUUUCAAUUGCAGUACCUGAAUCUAUCUUUCAACAACUUUGAGGGUGAGGUACCGACCGAAGGGAUGUUCCUGAACACCAGCGCAACUUCACUCAAAGGAAAUGAUAAGCUCUGCGGCGGUAUGCCGAUCCUAGAUUUGCCAAGUUGUUCGAUGAACAAGAGAAAACACGGAUCAUCUACCUCCCAUUGCGUUAUCAUUGCAGUUACGUGUGGGAUAGUAGUGGCGUUGAUUCUUCUACUGCUACUGAUGACGUUUUAUUGGCUGAGGAGGAAGAAUAGUAAGGCUUCUGCAGAGACUCCAUCAAUAGGGGGAUUUCAGCAAGUGUCUUAUGCAGACAUUGUCAAAGCAACAGAUGGGUUCAACUCUAGCAACUUGAUCGGAGUGGGUAGUUUCGGAUCUGUGUAUAAAGGGAACCUAGCAGAUGAAAAUAAAGUAGUGGCUGUUAAAGUUUUUAAGCUAAAGCAACGAGGAGCAUCCAAAAGUUUCAUGACAGAGUGCGAAGCCCUAAAAAACAUAAGGCAUCGGAACCUCGUUAAGAUUCUAACAGCUUGUUCCAGUGUUGAUUUCCAGGGCAAUGAAUUUAAGGCUCUAAUCUACGAGUUCAUGGAAAAUGGUAGCUUGGAGGAGUGGUUGCAUCUGUAUCUUGCAUCGGAUGGUACGCAAAGGUAUAGAUUAAGUUUUGUUCAGAGACUGAACAUUGCUUUCGACGUAGCAUGUGCAGUGGAUUAUCUCCAUCAUCAGUGCCAAACAGCGGUGAUCCAUUGUGACCUCAAGCCGAGCAACAUUCUUCUGGAUGCCCAAAUGAAUGGACAUGUUGGCGACUUUGGCUUGGCUAGGAUAUUCCCAAAUGCCAUUGGUGAUUUGCUGGCAAGUCAAACAAGCUCAGUUGGACUUAGAGGAACCAUUGGCUAUGCUCCUCCGGAGUAUGGAAUGGGAAGUGAAGUGUCGGAAGAUGGCGAUGUGUACAGUUAUGGGGUACUGCUGCUGGAGAUUUUUACAGGAAAGAAACCCACCCAUGACAUGUUUAAGGAUGCUUUGAACCUUCGCGAUUACUGUGCGGCGGCUUUGCCAGAAAGGAUGGCAGAUGUAGCGGAUCAGCAACUCUUAUUUUGUGAAACAGAAGAAUCAUCAAUUGCAGAUACUUCGAGCAAUCAAAGAAACAUUAGUGCUCUCGUUCAAGAGUGCUUGGCUGCAAGCUUGGUUUUGUUGGCCCAAAAGGAACUUGAAAUCUUGUCUUUGAUGCGUUCUGUCAAAUGUGGACGGACUGAGUUAUGGAAAGAAGGGGUAGGGGGAGGUUGGCAGCGGCGGACUGAGCAAGAUGAUGGUGGCGGUGACCCUGUCAGAGAUGGUGCCGGCUUCAUUUGGGACGGUAGAGGUGGCUGCUUGAGCGCAGGGAAGGGAUAUGGUUUAGAUGGGCUAAGUCAGUUUGCGGUUGUUAAGUUUCUGCUGUGCCUAAAAAUUGUGCAUGACGUGGACACUAAGGAUGCCUAUGCUACCAUAAUGGGCGAGCGAGGUGGUUACACAGGCAUAACAGGGUGGGUGAAUGUAUGGAACCCUAGGGUUGAGAUCCUUGAUGAGGCGAGUGGAGCUUACAUUUGGGUUCAAACUGGUCUUUCUGGUGACAAAAACCUCAAUGUUGCUGGGGCUGGAUGGACGAGAGACAACUUCAUCAAAACAGGCUGCUUCAAUCACAUCUGUCCCGGGUUCGUGCAAGUGAGCCAGCACCAGUACUUAGGGAGAGUCAUAAGCCACGAUCCCCUUCAACAGCACCAUCUCCCACUCCAGAUUUUUCAGGAUGGCGCGACAAAGAACUGGUGGCUAGUGUUCCUGGACGAGGCCUUCAUUCAGCCCGAGAUGGGAAUCGGGCACUCACCGGAGGAAGCCUACUCCAGAGCAUGUUUCGCCGACAACAUCGGCUUGGUGAACAAGACAUUUGGUAGAUCAGAGCCGAUGUCUCUCGCCUUCAUGACCACCUUGAGGGACCGCUUUGACGCGAGGUUUGGGGCCUGGGAGGGUGAUACGGGGUUGACCCUCUACUUUGGAGAGAGUUGA